ACGUUACACACGGUAACAUCAAAGCCCAUCAGCCUCCAUUUUAAGUGAAACGAUGCGGUGGCAGCACAUGAGAGAAGCCAACAAUUUUUUAUAUAUAUAGAUAGAUAGAUCUGUAACUAUAUACUCCCUCUAUUUUUUAAUACAAGUCGUUUUAGAAUUGUGCACAUAGAUUAAGAAAUCAUUAUUUUUUUAUAUUUUCUAAACAAAAACAUCAUUAAUUAUUUAUUUAACCACAAAUUAAUCAAUAAUAAAAUAGAAUGUGCAUUAUCAUUGGUUAUAUAACAUUAACUGUUAAUAAAUUUUACAUAGAAAACUGAAAACAUCAUAUAAUUUGUAACAUAAUUUUUUUUCUAAAACGACUUAUAUUGAAAAACGGAUGGAGUAUUAUAUAUUGUUUGGCAGUUAAAAUUCGUUUGUUCGCAUUGAGAAAUUAGCAGAUAUAUUCUCUUUUGCAGGAAUAUAAUUCAGAAUUAAGCAUUACUAAUUUGUUAUCCAGGCAAUUUUUCUUCUCUGUCAAAAAUGUUCACAUUGAUUUACUUUUAAAACCGAAAUUAUAAAUCUCUUAACCAAAUGUAUCAAACUGUCUUUUCUUUUCUUUUUUUACUUAACAACCAGUUUUUCAUUUUUGCACCAAAUUAUUAACUAAUAUCACAGCAAAUAGCAAUUGCACAAACCAUAAACUAACAAACCCCGUAAAGCCUCCUUUUAAAUAGGGCAGCUCUAAACCAUUUCAUGUCCAAAACAUACUCAAGAACAUCUUAAUCAUUAAGCAAAAUCAAAAUCUCAAAAGGAACACAAAUGGAUCCGAACACAAAAACAAUUCUCUUUUUCGCAUUGUUCUCUCUUUAUUUAUCCCUCUCUAACAUUUUAGUCGCUGAACCAUAUACGUACGAUCAAAAUCCAGAGAAUGGACCAGAGGGAUGGAGCAAACUAGACCAUCAAUGGAAAAUUUGUAACCAUGGGAAACUCCAAUCUCCAAUUGAUCUCACUAGGGGAAGAGUUAGUCGUGUUCAUGAUGAAGCAUGGAAAAUACACCACAAACCAGCCGAGACUGUAAUUAUGAGCAGAGGACACGACAUUAUGGUAUCGUGGAAAGGAGAUGCUGGAAAAAUGAUGAUAGAUCAUACGGAGUUUAAACUGGUGCAAUGUCAUUGGCAUUCACCGUCUGAGCAUACCAUUAAUAGAACUCGUUAUGACAUGGAGCUUCACAUGGUUCACACGAGUGCUCAGAGCCAAACCGCAGUGAUUGCAGUUCUUUAUAAAUUAGGGAGACCUAAUGAAUUUCUCACAACGCUACAAAAUGAAAUAAAAACAGUGGGGAAAGAAGAGAAGAAACUAGGGAUCGUGGAUCCAAGAACUAUUGGGUUUCACACCGACAAAUUCUAUAGAUACGUUGGCUCUCUCACUGCUCCUCCAUGCACUGAAGGUGUUAUUUGGACCGUCGUCAAAAAGGUGAAUACAGUAUCAAUGGAGCAACUUGCAGCUCUGAGGGAGGCUGUUGAUGAUGGGUUUGAGAGAAAUUCAAGACCGGUUCAAGACACAAAUGGAAGAUCGGUUUGGUUAUACGAAACAAAUGUUUGAAUAGUUGGAUUAAAUUAUUAUGUAAUCUCGAGUCUUUAUUUGUUCACUUAUUUGUUUUGAGCUUUUUUUUUGAAUUUUUUUUUUUUGAAAUUUU